AUGGCUUUUCAGCCGACUCCGACGGAUAUCUCCGUCAUCAUCACUACCCCUGGUGCCGCUGCUGGACCUGAGCCGCGCUUCCUCACUGAGCGUCGUGUGACUCCGACAUGGACGGUUCUGCAGCUGAAGUCAAAACUGGAGACGAUGACUGGCGUGCCGCCAAGCAGCCAGCGUUUACUCCUGAAGGCACCGGGACGUCCUGAUCAGUGGGUCGAUGGCGAUGACAGUAUCAUCGGAAGCUGGGGCUUGAUGAAGGGCUGUGAGAUCGAGGUUCAUGAUAUUCGCCCACAGAUGGCACGGCCCAACUUCAGUGACUUGUCCUCUGUGGAGAAAUAUGUCCUUCCUGAAGCCACGUACGAGUCGCUAUCAAACUCAGUCUUAGCCUGGAAAAAGAACCAAAAGCUUGGCCGAUUUGACCCCAAUACUCUAUCACCGGAAGAGUCGAUGCGCAAGCAGGCGGAGAAAGACAAUAGUGAGAUUCAGAGCAAAGGAAUUGCCGUCUCCAAACGUGCUAUCAUCCUUCCCUCGUCACCCCCGCAUAUUCGACGGGGAACGAUACGCUUCGUGGGACCAGUACCUACAAUCCCUUUUCCUGGUGUGGAUGCCGCUUCCGACGACAUCGCCAACUCGGCUCCUUUGCCCAUCUGGGUGGGAAUCGAGCUUGACGAGCCGACUGGGAAGAAUGACGGUAGUGUCAGCGGUAGACGCUAUUUUACGUGCCCCAACAAGACAGGUGUCUUCAUCAAACCGGACAAGGUGCAGGUGGGGGAUUUCCCUCCCUUGGACUUGGAUGACGAUCUGGAUGAUGAAAUGGAGGAGAUAUGA